CCAAGAUUUGCCAAUGGCUUCAUACGCAAAUCAAGAAUGCUUUCAGUCAAAUGACGACCUCCCUAUAGUCCUCCUGCAUCGUCUCCCUUCAUUCAACUCGCCACUGAAAGACAUACUACAGCCUCACUUCCACCUCCUCGAUCCAGCUGAUUCACCUGAACCUGCUAGCUCCUUCCUCUCCUGCCAUGCAAAAUCUGUUAGAGCUCUCAUCUGCAUCUACAAUACUCCCCUGAGUGCAGAAACCCUCAAUCUCCUUCCUUCUUUGGAGCUGAUAGUGGCAGCCAGUGCUGGCGUUGACCACAUUGAUCUAGAGGAAUGUCGAUACCGUGGAAUUAUUAUGACUAAUGCCAGCACAGCAUUUGCGGAGGAUGCUGCAGACCAUGCCGUGGCACUGUUGAUUGACGUUUGCCGUAGAAUAUCUACUGCUGACCGGUUCGUUCGUGCUGGCUUGUGGCCAGUUAAGAGAGACUGUUCACUUGGUUUCAAGAUGGGAAGAAAACGAGUUGGGAUAGUUGGACUGGGAAGAAUUGGAUUUGAAGUAGGAAAAAGACUUGAGGCUUUUGGCUGUAGCAUCGCUUACAACUCACGAAAGAAGAAGCCAUCAGUUCCAUUUUCUUACCAUGCUAAUGUCCUUGACCUUGCAGAAGACAGCGAUGCUCUCAUUCUUUGUUGUUCACUGACAGAACAAACUCACCAUAUAAUCAACAAGGAUGUGUUAGAAGCGCUGGGAAAGGAAGGGGUGAUCAUCAAUGUUGGACGCGGAGCUCUCAUUGAUGAAAAGGUGUUGGUGCAGUUUUUGUUGAGGGGAGAUAUUGGUGGCGCCGGCCUUGAUGUGUUUGAGAAUGAGCCUGAUGUUCCCAGAGAGCUAUUUGAACUUGAUAAUGUAGUUCUGUCUCCACACCGUGCUAUUUUCACCUCAGAAUCACUUGAAGCAUUACAUGAACUAGUUUUCACCAACUUAAAGGCCUUCUUUUCAAAUAAACCUUUGCAAUCAGUCUUUCAGAUUGAAUGAAAGGAUUCUCCAAUUAUGUGAUGUAAUUGUUUCACAUGUUGACAUGUGUUAUUAUAAUUCCA